GUUUUCAUGUUUGUUUUGUUACAUUCAAGCUGGGUUGUAGCCAGAAAUUAGACACCACAUCCACAGAAGGACACUUCCACUUGUCCCCCUCGUCAUUGACAAACAUCUGUGUCUCCUCAUCUUGAAUCUUCUUCUGUUCAGUCAUUAAUUAUCAAACAAACUGAUAAUGGCUUUGAGAGCUACUCUACUAUAAUAAUCUAUUGUAUUAGUUUUAGUUUAAAUCUGUCCAGGGACGGUGACUUUAUUUAACUAUCAAGUCGUACUGUGUGAAAUAACAUAUGAAUAACACCAUAAAAAAAAGCGGGAAAUGUCAAAUUACAGUGUUAGAUAUUUAGAGGUACAUACUCUUUAUAGACGUUUUUGGUGUCUUAGGGAUUCAGUACCUCUUGACAUUGCAUUAGCCCAAGUACAUAAGGCUGGCAUACAAUAGAGAUGGGUCCACUCAGCAGAUAUGUGAGUGGAGUCGGGGCACAUCUAUCGCUUAUUUUCAAAAAAGAAGAAAAAGACAAACAAACAGAAAAACAAAGUGAUGCCCCUUUGAGUCACUGCAAUUACUGAGUUUUCACCGAGUGGAUUCUCUUUAGUUUUCAAUUUACAGUGACGAGUUCUAGGCAGACUUGUUUCCCUCAAUUGAACUCACAUUUUGAAACUUUUGUUUCUUGCUUUGAUGAUGAUGAUUACACCUAGCAUCACAACAUUUCUCCCCCCCCCCACCCUCCCCAGAGGACGCAGAUCUGAAUUCAUUAUACUGUAGCUCAUUAGGCCACUCAGGAAAUUCAUAUUUACAGCUGAACAUUACACAAGAAAAACUCAAAAAGCCAAAAUCAAAACAAGAGUCACGGAAUAUAUCAACACGUUCAGUAAUAUGCUGCAAAUCCUCGAAACAAGAAGAAAGAAUGUGUUUCUUCUUGUAAACAGACUCAAAAUAUUGAGUUUUUUUUUUGAAUGUUCAUUACUUUUACUUGUAUCAAGGUUUCCUUGUUUUUUUACAGUAAUACUUUAUUAAUAAGCACUUGUUUCAGAUAAAUGUAAAUACAAACCCUCAGUGGCCUCAGGCUUUUUGCAAAAACAUUACAUUCAUUCCUCCAGUAAUAAGUAAUUGCUCAAGAUCGUUAGACAAACCUCACAAAUCUGAAUUUUUUUUAUGAUCAUUUAAAGAGCUUCAGCACAACUGUAGAGGGAAAACAGAAACCUGUAGAAAACCUGUAGAGCAAUGGCAGCAGCGUUUCCUCACUGCUGCACUGUGGUUUCAGUCAGCAUGCAGAAGAAGUGGCUUUUUUCUUUGACACUGACACAUGUAGUUUUUUCUUUGUUUGUUUUUUUCAUGCCGACAGUCUCUGAAAUUCAUGUUUCUGUUGAUGCAUGACCUAUUAAUGAACCAGAACCUCUAACCAUAGAGUGCAACCAAAAAACAAGCUGACGCCAACAGAUUUUAAAAGCACAGCAAAGCUUCAGGUUUUAAGAGUCCCUGAGAAAUGAUUUCACCACUCAAGCUUGGAGUAGGGAACAACAGCAGCGUAAUGGCAAAACACCUGUGUUUGCUUCUUUUGUUGGCAGGCCAAGCAUCAGGUCAGUCAUGUUAGAAAAUGUCUUGUCUUUGUAGAAACUGUCACCCAAAGCUCAAGUAUUAGUAUGUAAUAAUAUCUGUUGAGCUUAAUUUUAUUCAAUUUGAAUGUUUCCUAUUAAAUUUUGUAAUGAAAUGACAUAGACUUACAUUAUAACUCCUUGAAAUGUAUCACCAGUGACAAUAAUCAAUGUUUCUGCAAUGAGUCACAGCAGUAAGUGAGUAACGUUACGGCCAAGGAUGAAAAAAUGAUGGAAUGAGUCUUGCCUCUGCUCUCUCUUUAAUAAUGAAUAAAAGUAGAAGGUGGAGAGAUGCAACCUGUUUUUUGGACCAUCACCGUCAUGUUUGCCAAUGUUCCUUGUCAUCUGCAAUGAGAGCGACUGAGUGUUUUGCUUAUCUUUUCUUCAGUAUUUCAUCAUCGCACUUAAUAAUCACUUCAUCACACUUAACUAGACAAGCAAUCACUACAAUCAAACAGCUAUUCUAAAGUUGUAGAAAUCUUUUAUACUCAAGUGUGUCUGCAUUAGUCUUGGUUGGAAAAAAAUAAAAACAGUUUCAGAAAACAGCAUUUGUCGAUAUACAGUAGGUGAAGUUUAUCACAUUGGGGCCAUUCAAGAAGAAGUGCAUCGUAAAAUUGGACUAAAUUGACUUCCAAUUUCUCUUCUUUUGGGUGUUAUACUUUUCCGUCUGAUCAUCUUUGUCUGGCAAACUUUGCUCCCAGCUGUCACCCAGGCAUACUAAACACACAUUUAAAGUAUUUGUAGUUGACCUGCAGGUCUGCUCUGCACUUUUUAAAAGUUCCUUGUAUGACAUGUUGUAUUAAUGGCUCUGUCUUUAGCCCUGACAGCGACCCCAGAGGGACUGAGGGUUAGACAGUAUCCUCCCUCUCUCACUGUGAUGCGGGGUGAAACGGCAAUCCUGUCCUGUCAUUUCAAAGUUGAAUCCCUAAAGUACGGGGUUCAGUGGUUCAAAAUGAAGCCGGAACAGCAGCUCAUCCCAAAGUCAUCCAGGCACAUCUUUGUGGAGAAGAAUCAAACCUCCUCCCUGGUGAUUACUCAGGUCGCACCGGAGGAUUCUGGGAGGUAUUACUGCGAGGUGAACGUCCUUCAGAAAGACCCAGAGAAGGGCAACGGCACCGAGCUGGUCGUCUUGGCACCACCAACUGCUCCCAAAAUAUACCUCCAGAUUCCCCCAGACCCCCAGACUGGUCAGUGGGCUCUCCUCUGUCUCACUGGGGGAUUCUACCCCAGCGAGCUCACCCUCACCUGGACCUACCAGAGCACAGCAGCCGAUAUCGAUCACCUGUCAGUCAUCAAUUGCACCCUCCCUGCCGUCAAACCUCACGGUAACCUGUCUGAACACGUGGCCGACGGAGCCCUGCUGUCCUCAGAUUGGUUCAUGGACUCCACGCCGCCGCGCCGGCCAAAGUGUUUCCAGUUGAUGGACAACCACAGCCAGGAAGUAUACCUCUUCAGUGUGUUUUUUCUCCCAUUUAAACAGUCUUUGGACACUGGUAUCACCUUCACGUGUGGAGUCCAGGACCACCCUGCCAUGACCACGGCUCUGAAUGCCUCCUUCACUUGGGAUGCUUCCCCUAAUGAACUGAUGGCACAUUUGAAUAUUAUCAAGAUGUGUUUCCUCUCUGCAGUGACUGUUGUGUUUUUAUUGGAAGCAGUCAAAGGUCUCUGUGAGAAGGGUGAAUGAUGUCAUGAAACACAAAAUGAAAUUGGAGAGACGACCGAAAAAAAAAAAAAAUGGAUCAACGGAUGUUCAGUGCGGCUCAUCUAAGCAGACCAACCUUUGACAAACAACGUCACACAAAUUCAAUUCCAGUAAAUGAGAAU